CCGCUGCCCGCCCGGCCUGCCCCGGCUCGGAGGGGCCCGCAGCCGCGGGGAGCGCCCGGCUCCGGCCACCCAGCCCGGGAGCAGGCAGUGGCCGCUUCGGGGAAGCAGCAUCGCGGCGGAGACUGGCGCUAGGAUGGUUCCCCCACCGCCCGUCAACAAGCCCCAUGUCUGCCUCUCCACCGUCCUCAUUAUGAGCAGCUUGGUGCUGAUGGAUGCCUACCUGGUGGAGCAGAACCAGGGCUCCAGGAAACUGGGCAUCUGCAUCAUGGUCUCGGUGGGCGACAUCUGCUUCCUGCUGGUGCUCCGGUACAUGGCGGUCUGGGUCGGGGCCGAGGUGAGGACAGCCAAGCGCGGCUAUGCCAUGAUCCUCUGGUUCCUUUACGUCUUCGUGUUGGAGAUCAAGGUCUACUUUGUCUACCAGAACUACAAGGCUGACCGGAAGAGCCUGGACCUUCUGGCACGCAAAGCCCUGACCCUGCUGCUGUCCAUCUGCAUCCCUGCCCUCUACGUGCUGCUGGUGGCCACCGAGCACAUGGACUACGUCCGGACAUUCAAGAAGAAGGAGGACCUCCGCAACCGCCUCUUCUGGGUUGUUAUUGACAUGCUGGACGUGCUGGACAUCCAGGCCAACCUGUGGGAGCCCCAGAAGAAAGGGCUGCCCCUCUGGGCCGAGGGCCUGAUGUUCUUCUACUGCUACAUUUUGCUCUUGACUCUCCCUUGCGUGUCCCUGUGCGAGAUCAGCAUGCAAGGGUUCAGCAUCGUGCCGCACCGGAUGAUGCUCUACCCCAUUCUGAGCCUGCUCACCGUCAACAUCGCCACCCUCUUCAUCAGGGGGAGCAACAUGGUCUUCUUCCGGGACGCCCGGGUCUCGGGCAUCUUCAUGGGCAAGAACGUGCUGGCCAUUGUGCUGAAGCUCUGUAUGUUUGUGCAGUACCGGAAGCAGCUGCGCCACGGGCCGGUGGAGUUCAGCGCCGCACCCCAGCACAGCGCCGUGCCCCAGCCCCAGCCUGCCCUGCAGCUGCUGAAAUCCCAGAACCAGACGCCUGGCCCCGAGGCCCUGGGCCGGGAGAACACGUGACCUGAGGCGGGCACCGCAGACUGGGCAUGGAGUAACACGUCUCUUUGGGGUUGGACCCUAACGAUGGCAGAGUACCGUCGCCUGCCGAGCCCCUGCCCAAUGCUGGUUCCUCCAGGAAGUCUGUGAGCGACCCUUCCUUGCUUUGCACGGACAGACUGACCAGCCACAUCCUAGCUGAACACGGGGCUGGGGAACGGCACGGCGUAGAACAGCCAAUGGUAGCCAGUCCCUGAGGCCAGCUGGCGGACCCUGUAGAGAGGCUAUCGAAGGGGAACAGGCAGUGCCAGGCGACAGGGUCUAUCCCUGCUUGCUCCCCUGUAUUCCUUCAAUUGCAAGGGUGUUGCGGCGCGAUGGCUCUGCGGUGGGCCUGCUGGGAAUGUCCCGGGGGGACACAGUCUCCAUGGACUCCCUGCACAGUCACUGUGAGGUCAGAGUCAGGCGUGGAGUCUAACAGUGCCGGGGGGCACCCGUUCUGCCCUCGAUUGUGUCUCCUAGGCCCCUCUCUCUGCACGCCCACACGUUCCCCCCCACACACACACAUACACCGCUGCCUGUUCCAUCCUCGGGAGUGCAGGAUCCCGCAGGGGAGUGGUGCUGGUGCCGGAGCUGCCCAGACGCCCAAUGGGACUCACUGGCUUGUGGGCCUUCUUCAUGGGCAUCUUCCUUUUUCCAAUAAAUGAAAGUCCAAGCC